AUGCCUCAUGUAAAGCAUGCAUCUACGCAUUUAAGUCCUGUUAGUGUAAAAGAAAGGCUAGCAGUUACGUUAAGAAUUCUAUCGUCUGGCGCCUCACAACAAACUGUGGCUUCAAGUUACCGAUUAGGAUCAACUACAGUUUCCCUAAUUUUGUUGGAGGUGUGUGUAGCUAUCUGGUUGGCAUUGAAUGAAGAGUUUGUUGCCUUUCCUUCUGGUUCACAAUGGGCAGAAAUUUCGCGUGAGUUUUGGAGGCUUUGGAACUUUCCAAAUUGUCUGGGCUCUAUAGAUGGAAAGCAUGUGCAACUCAAAGCACCUCCUCUUUCUGGAAGUGAUUUCUUUAAUUAUAAAGGAACUCAUUCUGUUGUACUAAUGGCUGUAUGUGAUGCUUGCUAUCGCUUUCUAAUGGUAGAUGUAGGUGCAUAUGGAAGGCAAAGUGAUGGGGGGAUUUCCAAGAAAGCAAAUUUGGGGAGCAGCUAUUAA